CAAACUAGACAGAGUUAUUAAUUGAACAUGGAUUCUUCGUUCUCGUUGCAAAGGUUUUCUCUUUCUCUUUCUUUUUUCUCUUUAUCUUCUUUCUUUCUGUCUUUCACCAGAACGAAUAGUUCUGGGUUGUGGGGCAAGCGAGAAAAACUGAAAGGGUAAAGAAUGGAGGGGGAUCUAAGGCAGAAGCUGUUGAGCAAAGAGAGAAGAAAAGAUGAAGAGGAAGAGGAGUUAUCGUUGUGGAAGAGGUUCUGGAUUGAGAGCAAGGUGAUGUGGAUAGUGGCAGCACCAGCCAUAUGCACCAGGUUCUCCACCUUUGGUCUCAAUGUUAUAAGCCAAUCUUUCGUUGGCCAUAUUGGCUCAAGGGAAUUGGCUGCUUUUGCUCUCGUCUACACCGUUCUCAUUAGGUUCGCCAAUGGGGUUCUCCUAGGGAUGGCGAGUGCAUUGUCAACACUUUGUGGGCAAGCAUUUGGUGCAAAAGAAUACAGCAUGAUGGGAGUGUAUCUCCAAAGAUCAUGGAUAGUUUUGUUCAUAACUGCACUGUGUCUUCUUCCGGUAUUCGUCUUCACAAGCCCACUUUUAACGCUCUUAGGCCAAGAUGAAAGCAUAGCACAAGUGGCAGGAAUCAUUUCUAUUUGGUCAAUUCCUAUCAUGUUUGCCUUCAUUAUCUCAUUCACUUGUCAGACUUUCCUGCAAUCUCAGAGCAAGAAUGUCAUCAUUGCAUUCUUGGCAGCAUUCUCGAUAGUGAUUCAUGUGUUUCUCUCCUGGCUUUUGACAAUGAACUUCAAUUUUGGGCUUCCUGGUGCAAUGAUUUCAACAAUUUUGGCAUACUGGAUUCCCAACGUUGGUCAACUCAUAUUUGUCACAUGCGGGUGGUGCUCUGAUACAUGGAAAGGUUUCUCCUUUCUGGCAUUCAAAGACCUCUGGCCUGUUGUCAAGAUGUCCCUUUCUGCCGGUGCCAUGCUAUGUCUUGAGCUCUGGUACAACACCAUACUAGUUCUUUUGACCGGUAACAUGAAAAAUGCAGAGGUUGCAAUUGAUGCUCUAUCCAUAUGUCUCAACAUCAAUGGAUGGGAAAUGAUGAUAGCACUCGGUUUUAUGGCUGCAGCAAGUGUUCGAGUAGCAAACGAACUUGGAAAAGGAAGUGCCAAAGCUGCAAAGUUCUCAAUAGUUGUGUCUGUGCUCACAUCAUUGGCCAUCGGAUUCUUUCUGUUCUUAUUCUUCUUAUUUUUCAGAGAAAGACUAGCUUAUAUAUUUACCACAGAUAAAGACGUGGCCGUUGCUGUUGGGGAUUUGUCACCUUUGUUAUCAAUCUCUAUUUUACUAAACAGUGUUCAACCUGUACUCUCAGGAGUGGCUAUAGGAGCAGGGUGGCAAAGCAUUGUAGCAUAUGUGAAUCUGGGGUGUUAUUACAUCAUAGGUAUUCCUGUAGGUAUUGUACUUGGUAACUUUCUCGAUCUGCAAGUCAAGGGAAUCUGGAUUGGAAUGUUGUUUGGAACAUUCAUUCAAACAGUAGUGCUAACUGUAAUCACAUACAAAACUGAUUGGGAUGAGCAGGUUACCAUUGCUCAAAAGCGUAUUAGCAGAUGGACGAAGGUGAACGGUGCUGACCAAGAAAAUGAAACUGAGAGAACAUAUGUUAGCUAAAUUAUUUGAAGUGUCGUCAUUGGUCUGUACCAUGUUGUUAUACAACAAAGAUGUUGAUAGGUUUUGUAUUUUUUUUAAUGCUUUUAAUGUUUUUAAUGUUUUAUAGCUGUUGUUUAGGUAGAUGUUUGGAAAAUAGGUAAUUGUGUGGUGCAAACUAUUUUCCUUCAUCAAUAGUAACUCUUAAAUCAAAACUAGUGGUCCUCUUUCCUCCUA